AUGGAUUCCACAAAGGACACAUUCGACUACAUCGUAGUCGGCGGGGGUCUUGCGGGCUGUACAUUGGCUUCCCUCUUGUCCAAGUCGCCGGCGUCGCCAUCUGUCCUUCUGAUUGAGGCAGGCGCCGACGUGUCGGAACAUCCACUGACACAGGCACCUAUGGGUGCCUUCGCCGCACAUGGCUCUGACAUCGACUGGAACUAUCAGACCGUUCCUCAACCUCACCUCGACAAUCGGAGUCUGUACAACGGGGCUGGGAAGGCUCUAGGUGGCGGUACCGCCAUCAACUAUGCAAGUUGGACCCGAGGCUCAAGGUUCGACUAUGACCGGUGGGCUGGGCUUGUGGGUGACAGUCGGUGGGGUUAUGAUGGGUUGCUGCCUUAUUUUGAAAAGAUCGAAAAGGACCAUAUUACGAAUGUGGCGGUGUCGAAGAGCAGUCCAAAUCGCAAACACCCCUUGCGCGAAAGGGUGCUGCAGGCAUGGCUCGAUCUUGGACUGGAAAACAUCGCCACUGCCAACAGCGGCGAGCCGAUUGGAGUCGGAGAGUUUGUUGAGAAUUGGCGAGACGGGAAAAGACAGCUUGCGAGCAAUGCUUUCGACUUAUCCAACGUCACUGUCAUGACUGAAACGGUUGUACAAAAGGUUGUGCUUGAAGAGCGAACGGGAAGUCUCACCGCCAAAGGAGUGCAAUUGCACGAAGGAAGGCAACUCUCGGCCACCAAGGAGGUCAUUCUCUCGGCCGGCGCAUAUCGCACACCACAGCUUCUGCUGCUCAGUGGCAUCGGACCGGCCGAAGACUUGCAAAAGGUUGGUGUCCCGGUGCAUUCGAACUUACCUGCAGUUGGGAAAAACCUGCAUGAUCACCUUCUUGUUGGCUUUGCAUUUCCUCUCAAAGAUCCAUCAGCCGGGUUUGCGUUGGGCGGCGCGGCAGGUCCAUGGGCGGAUCCAGCAUAUCAACUGGGCCUUCCUGGAGACUGGAUUGCGACAGAAAACGUCCCUAAGUCUGCUCUGGAGCCAGCUGUGGAAGCCGACGCCGCCGUUGGUCUUGACCAAGAAAGCCGAGAGUAUGCGAGCUCUCUCCUGGAUUCUCGCGCAGCGCACCUUGAGACGGUUGUUAUCUACGUGCCUGGAGGUCCCCCACUCACGAACACGCACGUACCGUUUGAUGGCACACAUAUUGGCGCUGUCGUCGCAGUCAUGUCGCCCACUUCACGUGGCCAAAUCGGCAUUUCGACGGCUUCGGCGUUAGACCCACCAGUCAUUGACCCCCAGUACAACAAAACGGAGGUCGACCGAGCCCUGAUGCGCUAUGGCAUACGGCGCUUGCUGAGGCUUGCUCGAAUUUCUCUGGCAGACAUCGUAACGUCGGAGAAUCCUCCACCACCAUUCGAGUCGUUAAGCGACACAUCUUCUGACUCAGAAAUCGACGCACGCGUGCGUUCGGAAGGUCGGACGUUCUUCCAUGCAGCAGGCACCGCCAGUAUGGGGCAGGUGGUAGACACGGAACUACGAGUUGUUGGCGUCGAUAGAUUGCGUGUCGUCGACGCAAGUGUGCUUCCUGUGCCAAUUGGUGCACAUCUUCAGGUCGCAAUCUAUGCCCUUGCUGCCCAAGCUGCAGACAUGUUGGCACAAGCGAGCUCGUAG